AUGGCCGAGGAAGACUUCUCCACUGGGGACAUGUUCCAAGACCCAGAAGGGUACUACCCCGAUGAGCCAGAACCCACCUUCGCCGAGCACACCAUGCUGUCCGGCAAGAAAGUUCGCGUCCGACUCGUGGGCAGCCACCCUCUUUACGGAAACCUCCUCUGGAACGCCGGCCGAACCAGCGCACACUACAUCGAAGAACGAACCGAGGACCUCAUCCGAGGCAAAGACGUCCUCGAGAUCGGCGCCGCAGCGGGAGUCCCCAGCAUCGUCAGCGCCAUCCAGGGCGCCAAUACCGUCGUGCUGACCGAUUACCCGGACCCGGACCUGGUGCAGAACAUGCAACACAAUGCGGAACUGGCAGUCGAUCAGAUCCCCAAGGGCCCCGAUAACCGGAAUUCGUUACAUGUUGACGGCUACCAAUGGGGAAAACCGGUGGAACCCUUACUUGCAUAUAUUCCUCCCUUGGCCGAUGGCUCGAGGGCUACGGGCUUCGAUGUACUCAUUAUGGCCGAUGUUAUUUAUAGUUAUCCCGAGCAUGGCAAUCUGGUCAAAACUAUGCAGAAAACCCUCAAGAAGACCGCUGAGGCUGUUGCGUUGGUCAUUUUCACUCCGUAUCAGCCAUGGCUGUUGUCUCAGACUGAGCGAUUCUUUCCGCUAGCGGAAGCAGGGGGAUUUACUGUGACUAAGAUCUUUGAGAAGUUGAUGGGUGAAGUUCUUUUUGAAGAUGAUCCUGGUGAUGAGAAGCUGCGCAGAACAGUCUUUGGAUACGAGCUCCGCUGGUCGCCUGACCAAUUGGGCGAAGGUGGCUCGAAAAGCGCUUAA